GAGUUUCAAGUAAAACAGGUUGUGCUCUGUCUGAUAAAAUGAUACCUGAUCCCUACUUCAUUUAGUAAUGUGUUGAUGAUUGAGCAGACAUCACUGAACAAGGCCCUGAUUCAGACACAUCCUGAGAAAACUUUCCUACAUUUCCUUUAGCCAUGUCAAGCUCCUUUCCACUCUCUAAUGCCACCUACAUAUCUGGGGCAUUUAAGGUCACUGGUGAACGAGUUGUCGGCAAAGAUGUGGCAGUUACGUUGACGAUUACCAAUCUAACUUGUAACUGCAAGGCCAUCAAUGUGAACAUCACUGCUUUCUCAAUCCUUUAUACCAACAAGGAAAUGCACCAACUAUUGAAUGAAACCAGGAAGCUUUGCCUGAAAGGCAAGGAAGAGAAGGAGGUUCCACUCACAAUAAAAUAUGCACAGUACGAGGAUCUCUUGACUGCAGAUAAUAUGAUUGAGGUCCAUGCUGUUUGCUCUUCUGAAGAAACCAAUGAGAAAUUAGUUGUGGAAACAAAUAUUGUAUUGGAGAACCCUAAAUUUGAGAUAAAGCUUAUGGAUAAGGCAAUAUUAAACAAGCCAGUAACAAUACAGAUCAUUUUCACAAACCCCCUGAACAAAGAUCUUACUGACAUAAUGAUCAUUGUGGAAGGCAGCGGCUUAAUUAAUGAUACAAUCACAAAACAAGGCGGCUCUGUAAAAGCAAAAGGCACCAUCACAAUCCCUGUAACGUUCACACCCUACAAAGAGGGAGAAAGAUACUUGCUCGCUGAUUUCACCUGUAACAAGUUCAAGAACAUCAAAGGUCACUUGGAGAUCAACGUGCAGCCGGAAUAACCAUAUUGUUAUCAUCAUGUUCCCACAGCAAGUUAUGUACUGACAGUGUUUAAACAUACACAAAUUAGCCUACUGUUUGCUUUUAUUCUUGCAUCCAUGGCUUAUUCUUAUCCAGGAAUAUACAAAGAAGAACACUCUUAUGGUUCUGAAACUAAAGCCAGGGUGCCUAAUCUGCUGUGAUUGGAUGGGUGUUUAUGGAAACUUUCAUCAUGGGGUCAAUGUAUUCCUGUCCACAUUAAUGAUCCCGAUCAUCCUCCCAUAUUUCUUAGUCCCUACAUAUAUAUAUAGUCCUACUGCUAUAUUACAUUCAUUCUAUCUAUGGUGUCAAAACUAAUUGUUGGGCCCAUAACAACCAGGUUUUAUUUACUGGCUAGCUGUUUGCAAUAGGAUUGAUUGUUCUGGGUCCCUUGAUGUGGGCAAAUGUAAGUCUUUUAAUUACAUUACAAUGGCACAAAGGUGAAUAUGGAAGAAUGUGAAAUACCUACUUUUGUUGCUAGGAGAAGCGCUGCAACCCAACAUCUCAAUGUAUGCGUAACUCUCAAGGAUCUCUUGGUAUCACUGUAUAAACAAGCAUGGUGAUUGGAUGGAAUAUCCAUCAGUUUUCUGGUUACUUUCUGUAUAAGAAAACAAGUUAAAUAAAGGAACUUCAUUUCCCACGAGGUUGCCAUACCUACAUAGUUAUUUCCCCUGAAUUUCAUAAAUGAUCCCAUUGCUUCAUUAGUUGCCAUACUAACAGUUAUUUUCCCUACUAUUCAUUCCUGUCACAUUCCUGCCACCAUAUGCUUUGACACAUCUAGUGGGACAGAGACUGUCAUACUUAAAAUCAUCUUGACCUGGCUGGUUGGACAAAUGUCCAGGAUAACACAAAGAAACCAUAUUUUGUUCUUGUUUUUAACAUCUGUUGAAAGAAAAUGUAUGUAGACAUAAGUGCAGGUACAUGAGAAGUCUUUUGUAUAUUUUCUUUUUGUAACUGUGUUACAUGUAGUAUUUAAGGCUCAACACAACUUCAGAGUCAAAGCUCUACGAAUGCACCAAUAAACUUUGCAUGUGAAAAUAAA